GGUAUCUGUCCCGAAUCAGUUCAACAAACACACGGAGGGAAGCGAAUAUGUUCCGUUUCACGAAAGCUGCACUGAACAUCGCCGCUCAAGGUGCCCGGCGAGUUACAGUGCGACACGGAUCUCAAAGCGCUGCUCCAAAUUUCCAUGAGAAGUACGGCAACAUACUGAUGGUCUCCGGGGCCGGCUUCUGCGUCGCCGUCUGGUCAUAUGUCUUCACACAGACUGGGAUCACAUGGAACCUUUCUCCCGUGGGAAAAGUUACCCCACGGCCAUGGAGAGGGGUGGGGGGCCAGGAGGAGGAAGAGGAGUAAUGGAGACCACUGCUUUUCUUGUGUUUAAUAAUAAUAAUACAAUAAACCCUCUGUGUUGAAAGUUAAACCUGCUGAACUUUCCAAUUUACUGGUGGAGACUCACAUUUUCACUCUGUCAGGUUCUCCUAUGACUUGUUGUCAUAAAUAUGUACAAUAAAUGAAUGUUUAAACUAGA